CUCGACAGCUCGUGGCAUCACAUCGACCGGCACCAUGGCGUCUGCCAAAGUCAUGAAUCGUCCUCUGAUCGACCCUUCAGAGAUCCUGCGUCCGGAACCCAUCCACGCUGGGAAACCGAUCGCCCAGUUCAGGGACUACACCAUCGACGACACAGACCCAAUCAAGGAGCGAGUCCGCAAACUCUACUACGACAUGCACAAGUACCAGACCGUCGACUUUGUCAAGAAACAGCACGCCAAGUGGCUGAAGUUCGACAAGUUCCGCGCGCCCAUCAUGGACACGCUGGAGAGGCUCAGCGGCAUGCUGGACCAGAGUGACCCUGACGUCGACGUGCCCAACAUCGUGCACGCCUUCCAGACGGCGGAGCGCAUUCGCGAGGACCACCCGGACUGUGACUGGCUCCAGCUGACAGGACUGCUUCAUGACAUGGGCAAGAUAAUGGCGUUCUACGACGAGCCGCAGUGGGCCGUUACUGGAGACACUUUCCCUGUUGGCUGCGCUUGGGCCGACUCCAUUGUCUACAGAAACACAACUUUCCACGACAAUCCGGACACCUACAACCCCAAGUACAAUACGAAGUACGGCAUGUACACUCCCAACUGCGGCCUGGACAACGUGCUGAUGGCCUGGGGACACGAUGAGUACGUCUACCGCCUGCUGAAGCACAACGGCUCCAAACUGCCGGAGAUGGGCCACAAGAUCAUCCGCUUCCACUCCUUCUACCCGUGGCACUCGUCUGGUGACUACAUGCACCUCUGCAACGAGGAAGACAUGGAAACCCUGAAAUGGGUCCUAGAGUUCAACAAAUACGAUCUCUACUCGAAGAGCGACGAGAUGCCCGAUAUUGAGAAGCUGAAGCCAUACUACCAGAGCCUCAUCGACAAGUACGUGCCUGGGGAUCUCAGCUGGUAGACUGCAAACAGCCAGUCCUGUCACAGACAAAAAAUUCACCGCGAAACAACUAAUUUAUUCCUUUGUGCGACAAAAACAACGCAUUUUCACCACAGUCGCAGAACGGGUUCACUGAAAGAUAUGAUUCUGCUCAUUUCAUGUCAUUAUCGCGACAUUUUUGCUCAAAUAACGUAUUUAUUAUGGUUCACUGUAGAGUUUGUACAAUUAACUUUUAAGUAAAAAUUUAUGUU